UAAUUGAUCUUUUUUAUCAUUAUUAUUAUUUUACCCUUUGUAGUGUGGCCAGGGGGGUAUUUUCAAAAGACUAUUUUGACAAAUCAACAUCACUAUUAAAAAAGGAUCUCGACGGAGACCAACCUCCGGCUCUCUGGCAAUGGCGUCUCCCGACUAUACUUUCUUGAUGAAGCUCCUCAUCUUCAUCUUUUUAUCAACUUUUAUUGUCACUAACGUCAGCUCGGAAACUAAGUGCCGGGAGUUCAGAUCGAUCAUCAGUUUCGGAGAUUCGAUUGCAGACACUGGAAACUUGCUUGGCCUCUCAGAUCCUAACGAUCUUCCUCACAUGGCGUUUCCACCGUACGGAGAGACCUUCUUCCACCACCCAACUGGUCGUUUCUCCAAUGGCCGCCUCAUCAUUGAUUUCAUCGCUGAAUUCUUGGGUUUACCGCUUGUGCCUCCUUUUUAUGGAUCUCAAAAUGCAAACUUUGACAAGGGAGUUAACUUCGCGGUAGGGGGAGCAACGGCACUGGAACGUUCCUUUCUUGAAGAGAGAGGAAUUCAUUUUCCUUACACCAAUGUCAGUUUAGGCGUUCAGCUUCAGAGCUUCAAGGAGAGUUUGCCUAGCAUAUGUGGCUCUCCUUCAGACUGCAGAGAUAUGAUAGAAAAUGCUUUGAUUCUCAUGGGAGAAAUUGGAGGGAAUGAUUAUAAUUACGCAUUUUUCGUGGACAAAAGCAUUGAAGAGAUAAAGGAGCUGACGCCCCUGGUGAUCACUACUAUUUCUUCUGCAAUCACGGAGUUGAUCAGUAUGGGGGGAAGAACAUUUCUGGUGCCCGGAGAGUUCCCAGUUGGAUGCUCAGUAUUCUAUUUGACAUCACAUCAAACAUCAAACAUGGAAGAAUACGAUCCUUUAACCGGAUGUUUGAAAUGGCUGAAUAACUUUGGAGAAAACCACGGCGAGCAGCUUCGAGCAGAACUCAAGAGACUUCAGAAGUUGUACCCUCAUGUCAACGUCAUAUAUGCUGACUACUACAAUGCUCUGUUGCGCCUUUACCAAGAACCAGCCAAAUUCGGAUUCAUGAACAGACCCUUGUCUGCUUGUUGCGGCUCAGGAGGACCGUACAACUAUACCGUAGGUAGAAAAUGUGGGACUGAUAUAGUUGAAAGUUGUAAUGAUCCUUCAAAGUAUGUGGCUUGGGACGGCGUUCAUCUGACUGAGGCUGCCUACAGAUUGAUGGCUGAGGGUAUACUAAAGGGACCCUAUGCGAUUCCUCCUUUUGAUUGGUCUUGCCUUAGCUCUGGAAUUAAGAAGAGUGGGUCAUCUGACGCAUAGAAUUCUUAGAUGAGUACAACUGAUACAAGUUGGUCAAAAAAUUGAGAGAAAGUUUACUGAUAAAAAACAUGUAUGUUCCUUAGUGCUUGUAGUAGAUCAUGUUCAUGCAUGUAUUUGAGUAUUUGACAAUUUGUAUUGUUGUUAUGUGAAAUAAAUUUAAGGGUCAAUUUGUGUA